UCUGAAACCAAAAAAAAUAAAAAAAGGAAAGCCCACAUUAAAUUACAUACUAGAGGCAAAUCUGAAAGCUCACGUUCAAAAGCUGAUCGAUAAAUGCAAAUUGCGUUUGGUUUUGCAAUACUGUUUGGAGCAAAUUGGUUACUGCAUUUUGAGUUUUGCAGUAAAAGCACUUGAACGGCGGCUACCAUCUCCACCGCUGCAGCGUCGAGAUCCACCACCGCCUUCUCUAGAAGUGAGGUAAAAGAUGAAGAAAACGGAGCAAGCCCAAAUUGGGACAAGCCGAAUUUGCCGAAUUAAUUUUUUGAAUUGAUUAGGGUUUUUUAGGCCUUAAAUCGACUUAGUUAGUAUUCGCCAGUCACUGAAACAGAUAUCCUACAUUUGCUCUUGUUUGAUUCCGUUUAAGUUGUCAUAAAAAAUAUGAAAUAGUUUCAAGGAUUAACUCUUGUAUAUUGCUAUCUGUUUUGAUGAGAUAAAAAGAUGAAGAAGACAAAGAUUGAAGCUCGCAAUAGUCCCAACAUGCGACAACAUUUCUUCAAUUUUCUACCAUCAGAAGCUUGCAAUAUUCCCAACAUGGGGCAACAUUUCUUCAAUUUUCUACCAUCAGAAAUCAUACUAAAUAUCCUCUCAAGACUUCCCACUCGAACCACUAUGAUCUGCAAGUGUGUUUGUAAGCCAUGGCUCAAUCUCCUUGCGACCAAUGAGUUCGUCAAGUCCCAUCUCUCUAAAUCAGUCCCGGGCCUUGUUGUCUUCGAGUGGAAAACGCACCCGAAGCCGCACAAAAUCGUUGAGUUUGUAAACAAGCUUGAUUUUAACUGCCAUGAGCAUCGCUGGAAUGUACUCUUUAACUUUGACCUCCCUUUUUGUGGGCCAACUCAUAGCUCAGCUAAUGGCUUGCUCUUCUUGUGUGAAGGAGAUGGUGAUAUUUUCGUAUGCAAUCCAAUCACUCGUGAGUACAUUAGGCUUCCUUCUCCUCUUCCACGGCCUUACUCCAAACCUCGGCUUCAAAGGCACACUUAUGGGUUUGGAGUGAGCAGAAGCAGUGGCAAAUUUAAGGUGGUUAGGAUUUUAUCAGCAACCCCGGAAAGACCUGAUCGAUGUGACUGCCAAGUUUAUACUGUUGGGACUGUACGAUGGAGAAGAAUUGUGUGUGGUAGCAUGCUCGAGUAUGAAGAAAGGAGUAAAGGGGCACUUCUUAAUGGAAAGCUUCAUUUCUUGGCGAGCGAGCGCUUCUCAUAUGGGGUUUCUUGCAUCGACCUUGAAACAGAGCUUUUUAGCACCUUUUCUCCUCCUCCUCUUAGUGAUCCUCACAUGACUAGAAACUUGUCUGUUUUAGGGGACUGCUUAUGUGUGUGUGAUACGGCUAGUGUGUUCCGGCCUGAUUACGAGAUUCAUCUCUGGUUGAUGAAGGAAUAUGGUAAUUAUGAAUCUUGGACAAAGGAAUUUAUCAUUCGCAAUGUUGGCAUGGAAGAUCGCUUGGGAUGUGUUUGCCCCAUCAAAGUUUUUGAAGACGGCGAUAUCGUGAUGGAAUUGGGAGGCAGACAACUGGCAUACUACUCCGGCAAGACUAAAGCUAUUCGGAGAGUUGAUCCUAAUAUCUUGAGCUGUGCAGUCGUUUAUGUCCCAAGUUUUCUUCCGCUCAAGGCUUACGCGAUGGAGAAUGUGAGCUCUUUCUGAUUUGUAGCUAUUUAUCUUUGAUGAUGAAAUGUAAUUUCUGUAUCCUUUUGGCCACCAUCUUCCUAAUGUUCUUUUCUGAUUUCUUGAUAUGAAGAAUUGGAAAGUUUACCUUUUGGUGCAGAGAAGUUCAGAGUAAAUUAUCAAAAAUUGUAAAGUGUGUUAAUGCCUAUAUAUGGACACAACUCUGUUUUCUAGAAGGAUCAAUAAUUUUUCA